CAACACAAAUCUAAGUUCAGAACACAAACUUCGUAAACAAUCUUAGGAUUCCCUCACACACCAAACCUUGCAACCUUUUAUAGCGCAUGCAUUCAAAAUAGUCACAAAUAAUAAUAAUAAUAAUAAAAUUCUUACUUUAACUCACAAUACAAAUUAAAAAGCAAGGACAUGUAUUUUUUUCUUUUGAUUUGCCACUCAAAACCUUCAUUCUUCUUUUAAUUAGACUCAAGCAUUGAUAGAUGGAGAUAAUUAGAGUGAAAGAGGAAGAAACAGCGACAUGUGCAGAUGCAACUGGUUGUUCAUCAUCAACCUCAUCAGGUUCAUCAAGCUUUAUCCCACAGCCUAUGGAAGGGUUGCAUGAAGUGGGUCCCCCUCCGUUUUUGUGCAAGACCUUUGAAAUGGUGGAAGAUCCAUUCACGGACUCCAUUGUGUCAUGGAGCACAUCUCGCAACAGCUUUGUGGUUUGGGACUCUCACAAGUUCUCUACCAACAUUCUUCCUCGUUACUUCAAGCACACCAAUUUUUCCAGCUUCAUUCGCCAGCUCAACACCUAUGGAUUUAGGAAAGUUGAUCCUGAUCAAUGGGAAUUUGCGAAUGAAGGUUUUUUAGCUGGACAAAGGCACUUAUUGAAGACUAUUAGGAGAAGAAAAAAUGUAUCACAUGGUAUGCAACAAAGAGGAGGGGAUGGAGCUUGUGUCGAAGUGGGUGAGUUUGGAUUGGAAGGUGAGUUGGAGAGGUUGAAGCGAGACAGGAAUGUGUUGAUGGCAGAAAUUGUGAGGUUGAGGCAACAACAGAUAAACUCGAGGGACCAAUUGAGUGCCAUGGAGGGCAGAUUGCAAGCCACAGAGAAGAAACAACAACAGAUGAUGACUUUCCUUGCCAAAGCACUGAGCAAUCCUUCAUUCACGCAGCAAUUAGUCCAUAAAACCCCUGAAAAUAGACACGUGUUGGGUGUUGAAAUCAAUAGGAAGAGGAGACUAACUUCUAGCACAAGUGUGGAGAACUUGCAACAUGAUGAUCCUAUAACAUUGGUGGACUAUUCAAAUCUAAGCCAUGAAAAAGAAUUGGAAACUAAUUUUUACUCAGAAGCAUAUGAUAGUGAACUUCACGGUGAGAUCAAGGAGCCCGGAUCAAGUUCGGUUAUGACAAUGGGUAGUGGGAGUGAUUUUGGUUUAGAUGAGGAUACAAUCUUGGAGGACUUGCUUAACAAAGACUUGGUUACUGGGAAUCCAGAGGAUGAAAUUAUAAUUGGUAAUGUUUCACAAGUUGAUGUGCCAGUGGAGGAUUUGGUAGCUAAACCUGAUGAUUGGAGUGAACAAUUUUAGGACCUUGUGGAUGAUCAUAUGGACUAUCUUGGGUCCAAAUCAUAGAAGGAUAAGAGGCAUAGUACAAUAUAAUUAACCAUGUCCUCAUCUUGGUCUCUUCUUUGAUUUCAUUCACAUUGCAUCAUGGUGGUACAUCUUGAUUAUUUUGUUACUACUAUUUUUGGUUUCAAUUUUAUGUAAAUGUAGUUGAUAAAUAUGAAUGGUUUUUAUGCAGCAUGGAAGGUGGUAGUUGAAGAAGGAGCCAACAGAUACUGCUCUUAUUUGGAUCCUCUAUUAACUAGACAAGUUUUAUGAAUUAUGAAUAUUCUUGUGUUAAUGCUACUAUUUUAUUUUAUUUUGUUUUGAUGACCUGUUUGUUUAUAUUUUUAUGUUUUGUUCUGCAGGAGAAAUCAAGUUGGGGUAUUUAAAGGUUUUUAUCCAAAUAAUUUACUGAAAAAGGUAGUGGUAUCAUUCAGCUGCAUAGGUUCAUUGGCUGGAUCUUCACUUUUUAUGAGGUUGAAAAACUAUCCUAUAGUUCUGGUACCAAUGGCCUUUCAAUGGAACAACAUUUGAUAUUGUUGGUACUUUCAUUUUCCUAUUAAUAAGUGAUUGCCCUCUC